GUCUCGCGUAACCAGGAUUCUGACUUUUGGUUAGACGGCUGACCUCGCGAGAGGAGUCCAAAACCUGCGCCGUGCGAUGUUUCCCAACUCCUUUACCGCCCCGCGCCAGAAACUUCCAACCGUGAUAUCGUAGCCAAGCCACCACGUACCCCCCGGAUAACAACCGCGCGGCGCUUCCUGUUCAGUGCAAAUGAAAGCUGUGAUUCUCGCCGCCGGUUACGGAACCAGGCUCCAGAGGGAUGUGGUGGCCGACAGCAGCGGGCGGUUCGCUCACCUGGCUGGCACUGCUAAGCCGCUGCUGCCGGUGGGAGGCUGUGCCUUGAUAUCCCACUGGGUCCAUGCCCUGAGCGCCUGUGGCGCCGUGGACUGCAUUUAUGUUGUCACUAAUGCUCUUUACCAUGCUGCAUUUGAAGAGUGGGCUGCACAUUUCACAAAUGUCAAGAUUCUCAGCGACCAGACAAGAAGCAAUGAUGAGCGUCUUGGUGCUAUGGCCUGCCUGCAGCUUGCAGUAAAGCACUUCAAGAUUGAAGACCACGUGGUAGUUAUCGGAGGUGAUACCCUCUUCAAAGAAGAUUUCAGCUUCAGUAAAGUUAAAGAGAGGUUUUCUGACCGGCAAGCACACUAUGAGGACAGCUGUCUAGUGCUCUCGUACCAGUGCAAAGACGAAGAAACCCAUAAGUACGGGAUACUGGAAGUAGACAGUGAUCUUCAUGUCCUCUGUAUGAAGGAGAAACCUCUUCCUUCUGAGACAAGGUCAAGGAGAGCAUGUCCUUGUUUCUAUAUGUUAUCGAAGAAAAGCCUUCCUCUGUUGGAUACCUUCCUCGAGGAGAAGAAGGAAGCUCCUAUUGAAGAGAAGGAUGCCCCAGGAAACUUUGUGUCUUGGCUCAUUCCAAGGAAGCCAGUAUACGUUCAUCAGAUUUCUGGGCGUUUUGAUGUUGGAAACUUGCCUUCUUACAUUGAAUGUGACGUUUACUUCAGAGAAAAACUUCAAGAUGUCAAUUCUUACAUGGUUUAGAGGAAACAAAUGGAUAAAAACAACAUAUUUAUUAUGCCAUGUUAAAAAAAAUUUAUCCACAGCAAACACCGAAAGAAAAAAAAAAGAAAAGGAAAAAAAAAAA